AUGGCCUUCCCUCCCUCUCACACCUUCAUGUUCCAAACCCAUGAAGGUCAUGACCACCAUGAACUCCAUCUACGUUCUACCUCUUCCUCCCUCAACGCCUUCCCCUCUUUCCCACCCCAUCACUUUCAAGGUGCAGGUUUCAUGAUGAAGCGAUCGAUGUCGUUUUCAGGCAUAGAGAACAAGUGCGAUGAAGUGCAUGGAGAUGACGAGUUGUCAGAUGAUGGAUCUCAGCUAGGGGAGAAGAAGAGGAGGCUGAGUUUGGAGCAGGUGAAGGCACUUGAGAAGAGUUUUGAGCUGGGGAACAAGCUUGAGCCUGAGAGAAAAAUGCAGCUUGCCAAGGCUUUGGGGCUCCAACCAAGGCAAAUUGCUAUAUGGUUUCAGAACAGGAGAGCAAGGUGGAAGACCAAGCAGCUUGAGAAGGAGUAUGAAGUUCUCAAGAAGCAGUUUGAAGCUAUGAAAGCUGAUAAUGAUUCACUCAAAGCUCAGAAUCAGAAACUACAUGCAGAGCUACAAACCCUGAAAAAUAGGGACUGCUGUGAAACCGAAACAAUUAACCUCAAGAAAGAAACUGAGGGUUCUUGGAGCAGUGGAAGCAACAACAGUUCAGAAAUCAACUUGGAUCUCUCAAGAACACCAGUGAUGAACAGUCCUGUGUCUUCCCAGAAUGGAAAAAGCCUUCUACCAACUUCCCUUAAGCCAACAAGCCUAACUCAACUCCUCCAAUGCUCAUCAAGAUCAGAUCUCCAAGAUGAGAGCUUCUGCAACAUGUUCCACAACAUUGAUGAACAACAGAAUUUUUGGCCUUGGCCUGAGCAGCAGCAACAGUUUCAUUAA